CUCCCGGGGCCGGGCAUCGAUUAGCACAGCAAUAGCCGUUCCCAAAUUGGCGAAAGGACUCGCUCGCCUCCGCCGCCGCGGGCCGACGACGAGGAGGCGAAGCCAAGAUGUUCUUCCACAUCGUGCUGGAGCGGAACAUGCAGCUGCACCCGAGGCAUUUCGGCCCGCACCUCCGCGACAAGCUCGUCGCCAAGCUCAUGAAGGACGUCGAGGGCACCUGCAGCGGGCGGCACGGGUUCGUCGUGGCGAUCACGGGGGUGGAGGACAUCGGCAAGGGGCUCAUCCGGGAGGGCACGGGCUUCGUCACAUUUCCUGUCAAGUACCAGUGCGUCGUCUUCCGCCCCUUCAAAGGCGAGAUCCUCGAGGCCGUCGUCACCAUGGUCAACAAGAUGGGAUUCUUCGCAGAGGCUGGGCCUGUGCAGAUCUUCGUGUCAAACCAUUUGAUUCCUGACGAUAUGGAGUUCCAAUCUGGUGAUGUGCCAAACUACACAACAUCUGAUGGAUCGGUAAAAAUUCAGAAAGAAAGUGAGGUGCGUUUGAAGAUUAUAGGCACUCGUGUUGAUGCAACAGAAAUAUUUUGUAUCGGCACGAUAAAAGAUGACUUUCUGGGUGUUAUCAGUGAUCCUGGAGCAGCAGUGUAAAUGAUCUAGACAAGACUGCACCCUCAUCAUGUUCUUGAACUUCCACAUUUCUGAUGUACUGUAGUGUCGAAUUUCGGAAGCUCCCAAGGGAGGUUGCAAGGGGAUUAUAACCUGUAAUAUCAUAACUAGGAUCUUUUUUAACUGUGUAGUCAACAAUCCACAGUACUGGAUGUUUUUUACCGCGGUUGAUGUAUUGGGAUCAAAGCAGUUAUCUGAACACCCUCACAGAAAGAUUGUACGAUUUAUUAUACUCCCUCGGUCCAACAUCCUUUGUUGGAUGGACAAAGGGAGUAGUUUGUUGCCAAGUCACUGUCUCACA